AUGAAGCUACCACCCCUUCUGUGCAACAUCCUUAUAGGAACUUCUAUAGGGAAAACGGUUUUCGACGUCGUUGGAUAUGUCGCGCAAGUCGACGGUAUUUCAAUGCAACCAACACUGAACCCAAACAAGAAAGAGGUUGAUCAUGUCUAUCUAAAUUGCUGGGCUGUUCGAGGGCUCAAAGUCGAUCGCGGUGACAUAAUUUCUCUAUACUCACCUAAGAAUCCUGAGCAUACACUAAUAAAGCGUGUAAUCGGACUACCUGGCGACGUCAUUGGCACCAUUGGAUACAAGACAGACUUCGUAAAGGUUCCAGAGGGUCACUGCUGGGUCGAGGGAGAUCACACAGGUUAUUCUAUGGACUCAAAUAGCUUUGGUCCAAUCUCACUGGGUUUGGUAAUAGCUAAGGCUACUUGCAUUGUCUGGCCUCCAAAACGUUGGCAGUUCUUAAAUCCCGAGGUACGUGAGCACAGAUUACCGCUCAACAUCCUGAGAUCGUCUGUUGCCUAA